AUGGUUCUAAUUGGUACUGCCAAGGCUGUGCACUUUCUACAUACUGGAAUCAUUCCUGGAUUUUUCAACAAUCGAUUGAAAGCAAAUAAUAUAUUGCUCAAUGAGCAUCGGAUGGCAAAGCUAAGUGAUUAUGGGUUAUCCAUUGUAGCAGAAGAUGGCGAAAGGCAAGAGGGAAAAGGAGAAGGCCUCAAAUCAUGGCAAAUGAAGAUUGUAGAGGAUGACGUUUACAGUUUUGGAUUCAUACUACUGGAGACGUUUGUUGGCCCUUCCGCAUCAGCAAGAAAGGAGGCAUUGUUGCUACAUGAAAUGACUUCCUUUGAGAGCCGGGAUGGCCGGAGGGGAAUAGUGGACCCAACUGUCCUUGCUUCUAGCUCAGAAGAAUCUUUGUCGAUUGUUAUAUCCUUAAUGCAUAAAUGCAUUUCUCCUGAUUCAUCAACCCGGCCAUCUUUUGAGGAUGUUCUUUGGAACUUACAGUAUGCAGCUCAAGUUCAGGCAACCGCAGAUGGUGACCAAAGUCCAAAGAUUUAA